AUUAUUGCUUGCUGCUUUCCUCUUCCUCCAUCCGGCCACUUCUCCCUCUCCACUCUCCCAGCAGCAGCAGCAGCAGAUCUGACAAACACCAACGAGCGAGACCAGAAAGAGCUAGCAGAGGGCAUCGACCGAUCCAUCGAUGUCGGUGGUGAGCGCCGCGCAUGGCGUGCUGGGUCCGCUGCUGGGGAAGCUCGCCGACCUGCUCGCCGGCAAGUUCGGCCGCGUGCGAGGCGUCCGCAAGGACAUCCUCUCUCUCCAGGCCGAGCUGACCAGCAUGCACGCCGCGCUCCAGGAGUACACCAUGCUCGAAGAUCCAGGCGUCCAGGUGAAGGCCUGGAUAUCGCUGCUCAGGGAGCUGGCCUAUGAUACCGAGGAUUGCAUCGACAAGUUCAUCCGCCACCUCGGCAAACACGGGCGUCGCGGCGGCUUCAAGGAAAUCUUCCGCGACACCACUCGCUUCCUCAGGACGCUCGAUUCUCGCUGUGGAAUUGCCGACCAGAUCGAGGAACUCAAGGCCCGCAUCAAGCAUGUCAAAGAGCUCAAGGAUAGUUACAAGCUGAGUGAGACUUCUUGCACCAAAACCGAGCAUGCGGCCGUGGAUCCUCGGUUGUGCGCUCUGUUUGCCGAGGAGGCACACCUUGUGGGCGUGAAGGGUCCAAGAGAUGAUCUUGUCAAGUGGAUGUUGACAGAAGAAACAAACAGCUCCACCAAGGAUCGUAAGGUGUUGUCAAUUGUUGGAUUUGGUGGAUUGGGAAAGACAACACUGGCAAAUGAGGUCUAUCGCAAGAUUGAAAGGCAUUUCGAUUGUCAGGCUUUUGUAUCGGUCUCACAAAAGCCAGUUAUAAAGAAAAUUAUCAAGGAUUUGAUAUACAAAGUGCCUUGCCCUGAUGAAUUCAGAAAAGAUAUUGAAAUUUGGGACGAAGCGACAUCCAUUGCAAAGCUAAGAGAACUGCUAAAGGAUAAAAGGUAUCUUGUCAUAGUGGAUGAUAUAUGGUCUACCCAAGCAUGGAGCAAUAUCAAGUGUGCUUUUCCAGACAAUAAUUGUUCUAGCAGAAUUAUAACUACUACACGAAUUAUUGAUGUGGCAAGAUCAUGUUGUCCUGGUAGUGAUGACCGUGUGUAUGAAAUGGCAGCCCUAAGUGAUCUUCACUCCAAAAGAUUGUUUCUCAAAAGAAUUUUUGGUUCUGAGGACCACUGCCCUGAUAUGCUGAAAGAAAGUUCAAAUGAAAUCCUGAAAAAAUGUGGAGGCCUACCAUUGGCAAUUGUCAGUAUAUCUAGUUUGUUAGCAAAUAGACCAGCAGUCAAGGAGGAGUGGGAGAAGAUUAGAAGAUCAAUUGGUUCUGCUCUGGAAAAUAACCAGAGUUUGGAGGGAAUGAGUAAGAUACUAUUACUUAGCUACAAUGAUCUUCCACCUAAUCUCAAGACAUGUUUAUUGUAUUUGAGUGUAUUCCCCGAGGAUUAUGUGAUUGAUCGAAAAAGGUUAGUGAGGCGGUGGAUAGCGGAAGGGUUUAUCUCUGAAGAGCGUGGACAAAGUCGGCAAGAAGUCGCCGAGAGAUAUUUCUAUGAGCUUGUCAACAAAAGCAUGGUACAGCUUGUGGACGUCGGCUAUGAUGGCAAGGCUCGUGCUUGCCGAGUCCAUGACAUGAUGCUAGAACUUAUUAUUUCAAAAUCAAAUGAAGAUAAUUUCAUCGUGGUAGUAGGUGGUGGCCAAACGACUUUGGGAAAUCGUCAAGGUUUUAUUCGGCGACUAUCGAUCCAGCACAUUGAUCAUGAGAUUGCACAUUUACUCGCACAAAAAGAUCUAAGCCAUGUUCGAUCUCUGACAGUAACAUCGUCAGCUUGCAUCAAACACUUACCUAGUCUUGGUAAAUUUGAAGCUCUACGUGUAUUGGAUUUUGAAGGUUGUUCUGGUUUAGAAGAGUAUGAUAUGAAAAGUAUUGGCAAAUUGCUCCAACUAAAGUACCUAAACUUUAGAGACACAGGAAUAUCAAAGCUACCUUCAGGGAUCGUGAUGCUAUGUGACCUAGAGACCCUAGAUUUUGGAUAUACAGGAGUGAAAGAGUUGCCAACUGGAUUCGUUCAGCUGACCAAACUACAACACGUAAUUGCUGGAAGUCGGACAACUAUACCAAACAGGAUUGGGAAUAUGAGGAACUUACAGGAGAUAUCAGGCUUUAGUAUUACCCAGAGUCCAGCAGAUGCCGUGGAGGAUCUUGGAAACCUACCAGGUUUGGAGGAAAUCGAUGUAGAUCUCGAUGGUGGAGAAUCAGACGAGUUCAGGAGGCAUGAAGAAAUGUUACUUUCCUCACUGUGCAAGCUUGGCAGCUGCAAGCUCCGGUUUUUACAGAUUACUAGGCACUGUGGUGGUUCCCUCGAGUUCUUAGAAUCUUGGACCCAACCGCCAGUUUCCCUUCAAGUAUUAUAUAUGUAUAGCAGCAACUACUAUUUCACGAAACUUCCAAAGUGGAUUGCUCCAGCACUCACCAGCCUUUCUUUCCUAGAGAUCAAUUUAGCUGAAUUAACAGAGGAGGGUCUGGUCACUCUUGGGGAGCUCCCAGCUUUACUUCGCCUUGAUCUGUGGUUCAAAAAAAGGCCUGAUGAUAGGGUUACAGUUCGAGGAUUCCCAAGUCUGAGGCAGUUUACCCUGUAUAGUAAUUAUGUGUCACCAUACGUUACAUUUGUCAAAGGGUCCAUGCCCAAGCUUAAGAAUCUUGAUUUUCUUAUCAAUGUGUCAGUGGCAAAAACAUAUGGCUUCUAUUUAGGCAUUGAGCAUCUCACAUGUCUUCAACAAGCAACGGCGAGGCUUGACAAUAGGGGCGUUACACCUUCUGAGAGAAAGGCUGCAGAGGCUGCGGUCAGGGCUGAAGCAGUUGCCCAUCCAAACCAUCCCACAAUUACUAUUUGUUGUACUGAAAAGGAAAAUGAAGAGACUGGUGGCGAGAAAAAAGAGAGCAGGGAAGAUGUUGACACUGAUGAGAAUUAAGAUGCACAUCUUCUGAUUGAGGUAUUAAUACAGAUCGUUAUCAUUCAUUGCUUGUCAACUAAAAUGCAUCUUUUGUCCAAAAUUUCUUUUGGAUUCUAAAUUCGCGUGCUGCUGGCUGCGUUACUUGGAGUGCAAUACUGAAGGAAGGCCUGAAAAUAAGAAGCUGCAGCAGGGUGAUGGUCACAUUCAGAAAGACGGCGAUAGUGGUCUCAGUUGCUAAUUGCUAGUGCAAUGAAUUCCCAUUGUUUACUUUUGAUAAUUAUUAAGACAUGAUUUCUCUGUUUGGGCAUCCGGGAGUGUGGAUUAUCUCUGCUGAAUACUCUUUCUUCUAGAUAGCUAGAGAUGUAAUAUUGAUUCUGGCUUUGCUCGCU